AUGUUUUCCAAGGUCUUUGCUGCCAUCUCCGUCUUCUCUGCUGUCGCUGCGGUUCACGCUCAUGCCCACGGGACCGUCAAGAAGGUCGCGCGCCAGAUCAAUCUUAGCUCGAUCACCAUCCCAUCUGCGUGCGAAGGCGACUGCUCGGUGUACGGCACGACUGUAAGCGCAUGCGCCGAAGACGACGUCGCCUGCCUAUGUGCACAGGGGCUCAUAAACGCAUCCGGCACAUGCAGCCAGUGCCUAGUCGACAGCGGCGCCGUCGACCUCGGCAGUGCGCAGGCCGCCCUCAAUCGUUGGAGCGCGCAGUGCACUGGGGACCUCGCGCUCGCACAGCCGUCGGUCAACGCCCCCGGCCCGUCCACUAGCGUCUCCGCUUCCGCGUCGGUUACUGGUUCCGCUUCCGCGUCGACCACUGAUUCCGCCGCCGCAUCGGGCACCGACUCCGCUGUCGUCUCCGGCACCGACGUUCCGUCGACCACCGAUUCCGUCAUCGCGUCGACCACCACAGACGGCGUCUCCACUGUUCCAGACAGCACCGUCACGACGGACGCCUCCAGCAGCGUCGCCUCGGACCUGUCUAGCAUUUUUUCCGAUGCUAGCAGCGUUGCGGGUGCCAUCACCACCAGCGCGGCGUCCAUCGCGAGCAGUGCGCUGUCGGCGUUCAGCAGCGCGACGCUCUCUGCGUCGCGCUCCGCGUCCUCCGCACAGGCGAGCGCGACCGGACAGUUCAACGGUGCGGCACCGGCAGCGGGCGGCGCGAUGCUCGUCGCCGGUGCAGCGGCCGCGAUCGCCGCGAUCGCCAUGCUCUAG